AUGGAUCCUCUCGUCGAAGGCCAAACUGACACCAAAAGAUCAAUAAAAAUCCCAACUCGAGCUUCUCCCGCUCAGCUGGCGAUUUUGAACCCAGCUUUCCAGAAGAACAGCGCGCCUACUGGUACCCAGUUCGAAGAACUCGCGAAGGAAACAGGACUCCCCAAGAAAUGGAUCGCGUCCUGGUUCACGCGACAGAGGGCGAAGGCCAGGAAGGCGCGUCCCAGCCACAGUGGGUCGGCCACAGGUCCAAGCGAUAUGUCUGCCGGAACCAGCGAGAUUCUGGCCAUAAAGAACGAACUAGACGGUGUCACCACUAUUGAGACGUCAGUCACUGCCGUGGUUCGCGUCGCAAAACGAAAGGCGACGAAACAAGGCCAAUCAGAGAACCCGCCAAAGAGGACUAGAAAGAAGAAGGACCAAAGUGGCGACGCGGUGAAGACUGCAGAGAGAGGUCCUCUCGAAACCAUCCAAGUCAAGGCCGAACCUGAACCAGGCCCUGGUGUUGCUUUGCGAUAUACUCCCGAGGUGCAGAGCGAAAUUAUCGGCAACCAGCAAGGAACUGUUCCUGGACAUCAUGGCUAUGAACCGGAGAAUUACAGCAGACCGUCCAUUGACAACCGCGUGCAUCCUUCGAAUGCGCGCCCCUCUCAUCUGGACCAGCCUAGCAUCCCUCAUCCAGUUCCCAGUGGUGGCUUCUCGGACGGCUCUAUGGGAAGGCAAUACCUUCAACCAGUCGACGAUUUUAGGCUUAUUACCUACGUGCCCCCGCCUCCUGUUAUGUCAGGAUCGUAUCAAGGGCGAAAUGAACACGGUUCUUCUGUCGGCGGCUCUUCCCAGAUGCAUGCUAAACCAGGUCAUUACAAGUCGGCAUCGUCGACCUCCAGGUCCUCCUUUUCUUCGUCGAGAAGUCGUCCAACCUACGAUGAGUUCUUUUCGACCCCCAACAUCGCAGGAGCUCCUGCGAUGCCGAGGCGUCUCUUCGAUAAUAUUCCUUCUGGCACUCCCGCGACCUCUAGCACUAGUCUGUCUUCGUUCGCGAGUCGCAGUACCGAUACCGCUCAAGCUCGAAGCAGCUCGUUUGCCGAGAAACGUCAGGUCGGGAACUCGAAGAAUGCCGAACGGUAUACUGAAGAAACUCCACCGGUAGAGACGGCAGCCAACCAUCCGAACUGGCGCCCUACAGGCGACCCUCCUCGAAUCCUUCAAAGCAACGGUGCUUAUCACAUCCCGCACGUCCAUCAAGGAGCGCAGGGCCCCUAUCCCUAUGUGGCCGACUAUCAUCCGCCCUCCAUUCCUCCUGCUGGCGCUCAGACAAACUCCUACAAGCAGACUUCGAGCGAGAACGUGUCGACGACAAUGCCCACCCUGACCUCACCCUUUCCUACUCACCUCAACCCCAACCUGGCGCCUCUCAAGCAUGUCACAGACAUUGUCGAACCUUUUGUCGACGAGGCCGGAGGGUAUUCUAGUUUGAUGGACCUCGGAAGCGAUCAGCGGAAGGUCGUCAUGGAACGCCUUUUGGACGAGGAAAUGGGAAGAAAAGAUCCGUUUAAAGCAGCCAUGGGAUUGGUGUUGGCAUCGAAACUUGGACUUGAAUGGGAGGCACCAGGAGCAGCAUGA